AUGCUGCCGGUGCACAAUCAUUCAGUCGUCAUCACGCACCCAUCCCGCUAUCGCUGGUUGCUCGCUAUCGUCCUCGUAGGCGCGACAUAUAGCCUCGGAACGUACUACUGGGCCGAAGACCCCGUCACGAACGUCGAGCCGGCCGUCUCAUACGUCGACGUCCAAGACCCCAGUUCCAGCCCAGUCCCAGAACCCGAAAGUGAUGACACAAGCGCCGUCUUCGUCUCGUCGCCUUCGAGCGGCGACUUCUAUAUCCCAUUCAAGCUGUCCGAGACGUGGCGGGACCGCGGCUCGCCGUUGGCAUACCAAGAGCCGCCAAUAGAGUGCCUGGAGAAUAUGUUCAGCGUCGGCGCCGACUGCGAAGGCUGGAGAGCCGACCAGACGAUGGACGUUGUCUGGUCCUGGGUGAACAGCACCGACCGCGUGUGGAGAUACGCGCAUGCGCUCAUAGCGCACAGCGCCAGCGGGAAGCCGGGCAAACCGGACGUGAACUAUAACGCGCCGAUAGAGCAUCUGCAAAAUCUGGACGAGCUGAGGUUUUCUAUGCGGAGCGUGUUGCAGCAUUUUCAGCCGUAUGUUCGGCAGUUCAACUUGCUUGCUUCCGAUUUCUCCGCUCCUGACGAGUUCCGCACCGAAACCGCCUUAUCAGAAGAGCAUCGACUAGGGCAGCUACCUCAAUGGCUCGACCGCUCGCUCGCCGUCGCAGAUUGGCACGACGGGGUAGUCAAGCUCUCUGUGCACCACCACGGCCGCUUCUUCGAUCCGUACCAGGAUACCACGUUCAACAGCUUCGGCAUCGAGAGCCAACUGCGCAAUCUGCACGGCGUAUCUGACGUGUUUGUAUAUCUGAACGACGACAUGUACUUCUUGCGAGAUCUGCAUCCGGCCGACUUCUACACAUCAGCGUACGGCCUCGUAUUCCGCUUCGACCUCAACCUGCUCGUGCCCCCCAAACUCGACACGCGCCCCUCGCGCGGCGAAUGGCAGCCCCUCCGCGAAUCCAACGUCCUCCUCUCCAACCGCUUCGGCGCGUCCAACCGCCCCUACACCGCGCACAUGGCCAAGGCGAUGUCCGUCUCGCUCCUGCAAGAAGCAUACGCGACGUUCCCCGAGGCGUUCACGCGCACGGCGGCCCGGCCCAUGCGCGACGUCCAUAAGACCGAUCCGGGCGAUCUGCAUACUGCGUGGCUUAUGCCGCAUUUUACCGUCGAGCGGCAUCGGGAGGCGCUGCUGUGGUCGUGGGCUGUUGGACGGUUGGGCGGGGACGAUGAUGGGUGGGAUAACGAUAAGGCCUGGAGCGCGUUGGGAGGGAAGGGGGACGAGGAUGUUCGCGUUGGGCGAGUACAGAGGAGCGCGCUGGACGAGAAGGUCGUUUCGCGAUCGCUUAGGCGCGCGGGAUACGAGCGGCCUGGUGCAACGGAGUACCUCUUUACGUCAGCCGACGGCUACCCAUACUACCACCUUCGCAAGGGCGGCAAAGGCUACCCCAACCUCUCAGCCGACGAUAUCUGCACAAUCAACCGCGCCGAAUGCUUCCCCGCCGACCUGACCAGCGCCAGCGGCGCCUUCGCGCACCUCGCCUUCAUGGCGCCCGGCUGCGGCGACUGCAUCAUCAACCGACUCGUCCAGCGCUCCGGCCGCGCGGGCUUCUCGGAGUUCCUGCCUCCGCCUGAGCGGGAAGUCGCGCCGGCGUCGCAUGGAUAUACGCCCAAGACGCUGCCGACGGUGGAGCGGUGGGAGGAUGGCCAGUUCGCGCUUACGGACGUGCUUUCUUCCGCGACUACGAGCACGAUCAACGUGCGCGAUUUCGUGCUGCGGCUGCUGGCGCGGUACCGCUUCGUGCUGGGCAACAGUCCGUCGGAGUUUGUGUUCUUGCAGGGAGUGGGGAGCGCGAAGAAGGGCGUACAACGGCUGCCCGCGAGCAGCGACAUCGCUUUCGCGUGCAUGAACGACGAUAUCCGCGGUGACGGCCACGCAGUCGCUGAGAUCUUGCGAGGGUGGCAGAGCGAGAGGUGGCCGGUCGCGGCGCAGUGGGAGGCGUUGUAA